AUGCCCGUUGUGUAUCACCCCGAUAUGUGGGGGACCUCUCCCGAGGCCCAGCUCCAGUAUUGGCUGCAGUGGCACCGCUUCCACUCCUCCGCCUACGCCCACCGCGAAAUCCUACGCUUUGGCCCCGAAAUCAGUCACAGAGAACUUGAAGAUCCCUCCUACCGCGCAACAGCAGCCGCAAUGAACGCCGCAGCGCAGGGCGACAAGGCCCUCUCCAGCUCCAACCUGCCCCUGGCCAUCCAGCACUUCACCCAAGCCCUGACGGAGCUACCCCGCGCCCCGGCCUACUACAUCUCGCGCUCAACCGCCUACACACGCCUCAAGCCCGCAGACGGUGGCCCAAACCCGCAAGCUGCCCUCCGCGAUGCCGAAAUCGGCCUCACCCUCGCCCGCGAGCGCGGAAAGCGCGAGCUCAUGCUCUCGGCGCAGAUGCGGCGCGCCAUCUCGCUGUACCAACUCGGACGAUACGGAGACGCGGCAUUCGUGCUCGGGAUUGUUGACGAGAAGGCUGGCGCUUCGUCGGUGCCUGAGGAUAAAUCUGCUGGCAUCCAGGCUGCUAUGUCUGGACAAAAGAAGGGCGUUUUCGGGUCUGAGUUGCCCGUUUGGUUGGCUAAGGUGCGCAGAACGAUGCGCGAGCUGCCUGAGGGGGAUGAGAAGCUUGUUGUUUCUGUUGUUGAGAUUCCGACGGAUGUCCGUAUUCCUACUGAGGCCGAGCUGAAGGCUGAGCUGGAGGCUAUUAAGUCUGGGAAGGGUGUUGGAGCUGUGGAAACUGCACAGGAGGAUGUCUCGAAGGCCGCUGCGGUCUCUGCUUCAUCUGAUGUUGCUGGAUCAUCGGCGGCUCGGGCUCAGAGCGCUCAUGGCGGUGCUUCUGCCUCUGGUGCCGCCCCGGAGAAGGUGCGCCAUGAGUGGUAUCAGUCUCAGGAAUCUGUUGUGGUCACCCUCUACAUCAAGGGAAUCCCCAAGGACAGUGUUACAACUGAGCUAAAGGAGGACUCUGUCUCUCUGCAAUUCCCUCUCCCAUCUGGCUCCGAAUAUGACUUCACCCUGGACCCUCUCUAUGCCACUAUCGAUCCCUCUGCCUCCAAGGUGUCUGUGAUGGGCACGAAGAUCGAAAUCACCUUGCAGAAGCAAAAGGCAGGCCAAAAGUGGAGUGCUUUGGAAGGCUCUUCCACCACCACUCAGCUGGCCGACCGCCCCGCUGCGCCGGCUGCAGCAGCUGCCCCAGGCCCAUCCUAUCCCACCUCGUCCCGUAAAGGCACUAAGGAUUGGGAUCAGGUUGCCUCUUCGCUUACCGAGAAGAAGUCCAAGGGUAAGGAUGCUGCUGAUGACGAUGCCUCGGAUGAUGAAUUCGGCGGCGAUGCAGUGGAUGGAUUCUUCAAGAAGCUUUACGCCAAUGCUGACCCUGAAACCCGCCGCGCCAUGAUCAAGAGCUACACUGAGAGCCAGGGUACUUCUCUGAGCACGAACUGGUCUGAGGUUGGAAAGGGUAAGGUGGAGGCUCAUCCACCAAGCUGA